UAUGAUAUAAUCACCUAGUGGCGAGAAAUAAUACCAAUUUUCAAUCUGCUUCAUUCACAACUAGUCACAGUACGUGGCAGUACGUGGUGUGUCCAUGUUUGGCUUCUGAGAGUUCUAAUAGUAAAUAUUGUUGACAUGCCAGGUACAAUAGUGAAGGAUCAAUGUAAAUUUGAAAGAAAACUAACAAUCUAAACAUUAAUGUAUAAUUUAAUUUUAAAUAUUGGCAAAUUACGAAACUCUUGAAUAGAGUAUAAACACAGAGGUAUAAAUGUAACACACACAUAUGUAUAGGCUACCUCGAAUUAAAUUACGGUUACGUUGGUGAUAUCGACUUUGUCUUUCACAACUGGGGAGUGUUGUGUCAAAAAAUAUGACAAAGCAUAGACAGAGUUAUAGCAGAAUUAUGACUAUAAUUCGUAGUAUAUGAAGAUGAUUCCAUAGGAGUAAAGAAUAAAAUUAUAUAUUUGGAUAUAUAAAUAACGAUAUGUUUAUUAUAAAUACAAAUAAAGUAAUUAGACUCAAGUUGAAACAGUUGUUCUUACAUCUGAAAGUUAGUCUGUCCACAAAAAAGAAAACGCAUUAUGAAAUUCUAGGAAUAUCUCCGGGUGCUACAUAUAGUGAAAUAAAAACAGCGUAUUAUGAUUUAACAUUAAAGUAUCACCCUGACAAGAAUAAAAGCGAUUCUGCGAAAGCCAUGUUCCAAGAGAUUUCAAACUCAUAUGAUGUGCUUAGCAAAUACGAGUCACGUAAAAAUUACGAUAGGAUGCUUAAAAUAGAACAGGAUGUUAAAUAUGAACGGAGCCAGGUGAAAGAUGUGAAAAAAUAUAAACCGAGAGACCCAAUAGAAUAUGCUACAUCGAGACUUGAAAUUUAUAAUUUCGAUGAGUGGAUGCGCCAUCAUUAUAAGGAAUCAUUCAGACGACAUAAAAAAGCGCAAGAUAAGAUGUCUGAUUUAAAGAAAGAAAGCAUGGAAACAAACCGUGGAGGUUUAAAAGCAGCAAUAUAUACAUUCAUUAUAUCAAUGCUGAUAGCAGCAAUAGGAUACUCUUAUCGAACUGUAGCAGAAUCCGAAAAACCUACUCUAAAUGUUAAACCUGAGAAAUGAUUUUAAAAAUCUCGUUUAGAAACUGAAAAAAAAAAAUAUUCUUCAGUUAUUUGAAGAAUUGUAGAAAGAAUCUGUAA